AUGUGGAACACGCCUGUGCUGGCCAAUGGCAGUGGUGGGCACGUCGCAGCAGGGAGGAAGAGACGGGCGGAUGAGUCAAGCGUGAGCAGCGAUGCCGAGCGCUUUGCGAAACGCUUCAACCUCCUGAACCUUGGCGCCAUCAAUGGAGAUCACCGCAACAGCAACUACUACAUCCCCCUCGCGCCAUCGCCGAGACCAAGCUCCGCCGCGACCAAGGCAGAAAGCGUGAAAGCAGCAGCGGCCACAGCCGACCAUGAGUCAAUGCAAGUAGAUGAGACGCGUGAUCGCGUGUAUGUUCACAAUCUGGAUGAAGAGCUGGCAGACGUGGAGUCGGACGAGGAGAAGCUGAUCUUCCUGCCGGAUAUCGUGAAGCAGUUCAGCAAGAUCCCAAAGCACCUCCUCACUGCGCGCAGAGACGAUGACCACGAGGGCCAAGAGCUCGUGCUGUAUAGCGAGCCCAAGCCGCUCACUUCGGGUGAGGGUUCGAAUGCGGUUAGGAAAGCGAUUAUAGAGUCACGGCAGAGAGCGCGUGAGAAGGCAGCGGAGGAAGCGCGUCAACGGGACAUGAAUUGCAAGUACGAGCAUGGAGGCCAUGACGUUGUGGAGACUGCACAUGGCUAUGGCAGUGGGUAUGCGACAGGCCAUUCACAGGACAUGGACGAUGAUCCAGACGCCAUGGAUAUGGACUGA